AAAUAGAGGAGAAAGGGCUGGAUGGGAAAGAUAGACGGAGGGAGGGAUACAGACGACUGAUAAAGAAACACGCUGAGAGCAGCAGAGGUAGAGCGAGGCUGCAAACGGAGAUAAAGGUCCGGAUAUACAUGCUCCAUCCACUGGCUGAGGAAUAAGAACUGCAGCAAUUGUAAGGGUACAAAGAAAAGGGGGGAAACAGAGAGAAGAUGGAUGUACAAACGGAGAACACGGACCCCCCGCCUUGUGAAUCUCAGCCAAGUGGAAAAAUCAGAAAAGGAUUCAAGCUGUUUGGCAAACGCAAGCCAGGUAACAUCUUUUCUAUCCGAAGCAAAGGGGAUGGAAACAACAAGUCACCUGUUAUGAGGAGCAAUACGCUUGAUGGAUUAUCGGAGACCCCUGCACCAGAUUCUGAGCAGGAGGCAGACAAGGAAAAGGGACAGGAGCUGAGUGACGGAGAGAGGGAGCAGGCAGACGAGGAACCACUUGGCGAAGAUGGCGUUCUGGCUGCCGCUCACGCUCGCACCUCCAUUUCUUCAGUCAGCUCGGCCAAAUCCCUCAGCUUCCUGUCACUGCUGAGGGGUGGCCGAAGAGGAGUGGGGGACCGCCGAGUGCAAACUGUGUCCCAGCCGACGGGGAGACAGCGUCGAGGGCUGAAGGGUCUCUUCAGCAAUGUUAAGUUCAGAUCAAAGGAUAAGGAGGACAAGGAGGAAGCCCCUCCGAGCCCACUUCUCAUGUCAUCCCGUGCCAACAGUGUGGAAAUCAUCAAAGAGGACCUCACCCUCACACCCAAAUCCCAGCCUCGCUCUCUGGACAGCCCUGAGACUGAGAGCUAUGAGCCCACCAAGAGUUUAGCAACUCCGGACAGUGCACCGACGUCCCCUUCAAAGUCUCCCCAAGUGAAAACAGUGAGUAAAACUAAUGAGCAUGUGUCACCUUUUCCCACCUCUGAACCGCCAAUGGUCCCCGGUGAUACGAGCCUGAGCUGUUUGCUCGCAGACAUCUCCUCGCUCCUGACCUUUGACUCAAUCACAGGGGGUGGAGAUAUUAUGGCGGAUGUGGAGGCAGAGUGGGGGAAAGCCAGCAGUGCUAUCAGUCCUGUGUUAACUGAAGUCACGUCAUCAUCUACAUCUCUCUUCUCCACACCCACCAUCUCCUCUCCGCUGACUUCUACGGCCGUCAGCACUGCUGCUACAGCAAAGCCCUCUCCUGUAACCGUCCCCACAGCAGCUUCGACCCAAUCCUUUACUCCUCUGACAAAGACACUUCCAACCUCCUCUCCCAUUUCCAAGCCGAGCACCAUCAUCACAACUUUCACCAAAUCUUCCACUUUGACUACUCACUCAGUCAAACUGAGCUCAGACUGUACUCCAGCCUCUGAGCCUUCUACCAGCACUCAAAUUAAAUCAACUCCUGCGCCCACUGUAACAAAACCCUCAACUACUCCUGUAACAUUAGCAAGCCUUUCAGGUCCAACUAAGUCUUCCCCUUCUACAACAAUUAAAUCAACAACGAGCUCCACCUCCACAGCUACCACAGCUCCUCCGAACACUCCGGCCACUGUAGUCAAAGCUCCUUCAGCUAGUCCAACUCUUACCUCGACAGCUAGCAAACUGGCUUCAGAGACAGCAGCACCUCCUCAAAUGAUUUCUUCCGUGAGUAAACCUAGUUCUGUAGCUACUUCACCUCCUGCUAAACCUCCGCCAGUAACCCAUAGCCCUCCCAUCCCUGUUGCCAUUACCCAACCUCCACCUGCUAAAUUGGAUUCAGCGAGCAGUGUGAACCUGCAAACAUCCACUUCCUACAAACCCUCCGUAAGUUUGAUUACAGGAGAAUCUAAAACUCCAGUAACAGUAUCACCACCCUGUGCAGUUACAGCCAAACCUUCUUCUCCUGCACCGGUUAUUCUCUCCAAGAUAACAACAGCUCCCACAUCAUCUACAACCUCACACUCAGUAUCUGCAACCUUUUCCAAGCCCACAGUCACCUCUGCCCCAAUGGACCUAACUAAAACCCCUUCCCUGCCUGUAACAGCUCCAGAUCUAUGUCCUUCCUCUACCUUAGCUUCCUCUAAAACCCAACCCAGCCCUGCAUCUGUCCCAGCUCCAUCGUCAACUUCUUCAGAUAAGUUUCUUCCCAUAACUAAACCCACCCCUGCACCAGUCUCUUUAGAUAAGAUGCCCCCAGCUCCCACACCCGUCCCAGCCCCCACCACUAAUGCUGUUGCUUCUACAGCAUCCCCAGCACCUCCUGUUUUGGGUCAGAUCACAGUCUCUCAAGCUAAGGCACCUCCUGCUACUGUCCCAAUCCCAGUUUCUGUAUCUAAAGAUCUGCCUCCACCUGCUCAAAUGCAGGUUUCUCAAACUAAAGCCCCUCCCGCCCCAGCUCAAGUCCCAGUUUCUGUAUCUAAAGAUCCACCUGCUCCUGCUCAAAUGCAAAUUCCUCAAUCUAAAGCCCCUCCUGCUCCUGCUCAGAUUCCCGUUUCUGUAUCUAAAGACUCUCCUGCUCCUGCUCAGAUUCCAGUUUCUGUAUCUAAAGCCCCUCCUGCCCCUAUUUGUAUCCCAACUUCUGCAUCAAAAGAACUUCCUGCUCCUGUCCAGAUCCCAGUUUCUCAGCCUAAAGCCCAUCCUGCACCUCCCACUGCCCCUUGCCCCAUCACAUCUCCUCCUACUACCCCUGCACCUUGUCCGAGUGAAGCUCCAGCUUCUGCUAAGCUGAGGGGAAGUGGACUGGCAUCAGUGGAUGGGCAGCUGGCUAGCGUAAAUAGCACAGGUGCACAGAGAGUCCAGGCGGUGCCAUCUAAAACAGAAGAGCAGCAUAAUGAGCCCCCCAGAGAAAAAAGGACGGCCCAAGCAAAGGCGUCAGGGCUUAGCAAAAUACCUGUCGUUGGAGGAGGCAGAGUGACCAAGCUACCUGUUCGAGACAACCAACACGCUGACGAUGAACCAAGCAGGGACCCACCUACUCCUGUGAUGGAAGAAGAGAGGCCCCAUUUCAACUCACAUGAUGUAGGGAGCAAGGAUAAAAUUAGUGCUGUUGAGGCAAAUGUGCCCACCUCAAAACACACCCAGGAGGAGAGUCAGCAGCUUCAACAACCGAAAGUCCUCACAAGUUCAGCGCGUGACUCCAAGAUCCCUGUGAAGCACGGCGCUCAGUCUCACGCUGCCUCCCAGAUCCCUCAGAGAGAACCCCCUCGCACCAAGAUACCCGUAUCCAAGGUCCCUGUCCGCAGGGUUGGUAACAAACCUGCAGGUUCAGGCAGCAGCACCCAGAUGAGAAAAUAAAAAACAACGGACUGAAUGACACACGACACAUCCUACGGCUCUGACUGCAAGUUUUUUUUCAGUACCACUCUUUUUAACUUCACAUUUCUAGACUGUAACUCUGGCUCGUCUCUCUCUGUCAUCUCUUGGCUUCACUCACACCACAAGCAUCAGUAUCAGAGUUGAGGAGGGCGACAGCACUCAAGCACAAAAAAACAUCUCCACGGGGAGCCGAAGCAACAAGCCUGGCUCUUUGGUGCUGAGCCAACUGGACAUGCACUCAGGAAAGGUUCGGGGUCACACCUGAACACACAGCAGCAUCAGUAACUAAGGAUAAGCAAGAUAAAAGGUCGCCUGGGAACACAGUCACAUUCACACAACAUGGGCGAGUGCCUUUUUAAAGGGUGCUUUUCCUACAGACUCUCAGAAUUUAUUCAGUCUUUUCUACAGUACUUUUAACUUUUGUUACUCCCACUUUUUGUAGGAACCGUCAAGUCUUUUUGUCUUUCUUUUCCAGCAAGUCUCUUUGAUAAUAACCAGUCCCUUUACUUUUUAUUUAUGUCAGGAGAUGAACCGCAGGAGCUCUAUAAAUUAAUGCAACAACCAAAUUUACAUUCCACACCUAUCUAUGGAUGUAUGUAGCAGAAAUCGUGCCAUUAAUUUUGCACAUGAUGUUGAACUGUACAGCGCCUGUGUGUCCAUCUGCUCAUAUGUAACAUUGUCAGAUCUCACUGUGAACUAUAGGAGGGACUGUGGUUUUUGAGGGCUCGGAUUGGGAAUAACUCUUCGGACAGUGGACAGCAGCCAUUGUGAAUGGCACCGUGGACAUUUGAGCGAGACGGAGAGGACGGUGAGAUGAGAUCUAAAGCUCGUACACUGGCACAUCUUUAUCCUUACCCCAGCUAUACUCAGAUGAGAACAGUAUCUCUGUGUAGAGACUCAUCUAUGUUGUUCUGUUUCCUAUUUAAUCAAUAAAACAAUAUGCGUACUUAGCAAGACGAGA